AUGCAUGCGUCACCCGUGCCCCUCGUCCUCCUCGCUCUCCUCGCUCUCCUCCCACAGACGCCUCGGUCCGUCGCCGUCUCCCCUCCCCAAACAACCCCAUGCGACCCGCACUACGAGCGCCGCAACGCCACCACCGGUCGCUGCGACUGUCGCGAGGGGUUCCACGGCCUCAACUGCCGCAUGUGCACGCCGCCGAGCUCUUCGUCCUCGUCAGUCCUUGACAGCUGUCACGCCCCGUUUGGCCCGAGCUUUGCGUGCGUCACGGGCCUCGUCUACGACGUCCACGCGUCCCUCAAGACGUACGACUGUGUCCUGGCGUCGAACCUCCAAGCGCUCGUGCCGGAUGGCGCGUUGGCCGUUCAGUGCCACCGGAACGAGCACCUCGUGGCCAACUGCUCGGCAGCUGUGUACAGCGCCAAAGACUCGGCGAACCAGACGCGCGAGCACGUGAUUGACUGCCACUUGACGCAGUGCACGUUCGCAACGGGGGCGGCAAGUGGGGCGUGUCGAGAGAUCCGCUGCAAGUGCGGCCCCCAGUGCUCGGCCAUGACGAGGGCGAUCGUGGAGCGCGUGCUCAGUGGCAAACGAGCGGCUAUUGACGUGACCAAUGGCACGCACUUGGCCAUUGACGUCGAGGGGUCACCGAUUCCAUUGGCAGCUACGUGUGAAGCAUCGGCUUGUGAACGUGGAUCCAGUGCAAGUGGCAGUAGCAGUGGCAGUGGCAGUGCUUCAGGAGGUCCUGACGGUUGGAGACACUGGAGUUGGACUGUCAUUGCUUCAGCUUUGAUGGUUGGGGGGCUUUUAGGCGUAACGUGGCUAAGUUCGUGCUGGAAAAAUACGGGGUUGGACUGCCGGACGACGCGGACACGACAGAAAGAGGUGGAGAAGGGACUUGGUGGGUCGCACUUUGUGCGUACGCUGGAGUUCCGUCGCAUUAGCUGCUCUGCUGAGUGUAAACAACCGUUGUCGGGGGCGUGCAAACCCAUUUUGCACGAGAUUUCGGGGAACGUGUCGCACGGUCAAGUGCUUGGUCUAUUGGGACCGAGUGGCUCGGGCAAAACGACGUUAUUGAAUGCACUGGCAGUUGUGGACAAUGGGCAGUGUCAGGUGACGGGGGACUUGCUGCUGGAUGGCAAGCAAGUGUCAAGUAGCUAUCGCCGCAUUGCUGCCUAUGUACAGCAGGAUGAUACACUCUACUCGACGCUGACUGUACGUGAAUGUAUUUCGUACUCGGCGCAGCUUCGUCUCUCGGCAAUGCUGCUGAAAGAGGUGAAGAAUGCAAGGGUUGAUCGCGUUAUUGCAGAGCUCAAUCUUGGCCAUGUCGCGCACUCGCGUAUUGGAUCUGUGGGAGGAAGCAGCGGUCGACGUGGAGUUUCUGGGGGUGAGAGAAGACGUGUGAGCAUUGGCAUGGAACUUGUUACGUCGCCUCAAAUUCUCAUUCUUGAUGAACCCACGUCUGGACUCGACAGUUCCUCUGCACAUGCGGUUGUGCAACUUCUGAAAGACCUUGCAAGCCGCGGACGCAUCGUGAUUUUAAGUAUACAUCAGCCGAGCGCGAGAUCGUUUGUACUACUUGACAAAAUUCUCCUACUCGGCAAAGGAAAAGUGUUGUAUAGUGGAGCGCCAGCAGAGUCCAGAUGUUACUUUGAAGACCUCGGGUACAAGUGUUCUGAACAUGAAAACAUUGCGGACUUUAUACUCGACAUCGCGUCUGAUACGAGGAACAUGCCGAUGAUUCGGUCUCUAAUGAAACAGGAUGAAGUCCCCUCUCGUCAGCGUGGCAUUGUACCACGGCACACAUCAAGCAGUCCUACGUCAAAAAUGGAGACAUCAUUGCUUCUGGAAGAAGACUUGUUGCUGGACACCCCGCGGAUCGAAAAUAUCGUAAUUUCACCACUUGGAAGCAAAACGCCUGACGAAGUAAGCACGUUGAAGAUGUCAGCGACGUCUCCGAUGUUGUGUAGCCCGCCACCUGAGUUUAUCGCUGCAGCCAAGACGGAUGCAAUUGAUUAUGACACGGAGGCUCCGCCCCGAUCGAUUGUGGUUGAAGUCCGCGUAUUGUUCGUGCGCACGACGCAGAACAUUCUCCGUCACCGCUCGUUGUUGGUGCUGCAUGUCGCACUGAGCUUGUCGUUAGCCCUCUUUGGCGGGCUAAUAUUUAACCACGUGACCAACGAUCUGGCAGGCUUUCAGAAUCGUAUGGGCGCGUUCUACUUCAUUCUCACUUUUUUUGGCUUUGCAAGCAUGAGUUCUAUGGACCUUUUCAUCUGCGAGCGCCCGAUUUUUCUACGGGAGACUGGUGCUAUGUACUACGGAGCUUUUAGCUACUUUCUCGCUAAAGCCACGCUAGAUACCUUGCUUUUGCGGAUACUGCCGGCAUUGCUCUUUGCAAGUAUCUUUUACUGGAUGAUGGGGCUGCAAUCGUCAAUGACGCGCUUCUUGAUGUUCUCACUUACGUUGGUGCUCUUCAACGUCGCGGCUGGUGCAAUCUGCCUUCUUGUGGGCGUGUUAUCACGACGUGUCGGGCCAGCAAACCUUUGGGCGACUGUGGUGCUUCUUGUCAUGUUGCUGUUUGGCGGCUUCUUGCUCAACUCGCAGACGAUGCCGACGUCAGUGGGCUGGAUGAAGCACCUAUCGAUCUUCAGUUACGCAUUUGAAAUCCUCAUGACCAACGAGCUGAAAGGCCUGGUUCUUGAGUUUGACGCCCCAGGGUACCCGGCCGUUCCUAUUUACGGUGAAGUUUACCUCAAGACACUCGGCAUGGACUAUGCAAAUCGAUACUACGACGUGGCAGCUCUCACUUUGAUCGCAGUAAGUCUACAAGUACUGGCUUUCUUGUUCUUGUCACUGCAGGUCCCCCUUCCCCGUGAUAUUGCUGAUCAGCACAUGGACAAUGAUAUGCCGCUGUCAUGCAAACAAAAAGUAUAA